AUGAGAAACUUCGAUAGUACAGAUGAAAAGGACGAUUUGGUAUUGGAUGUCUACGGUGAGAAGCUUCACUGCGAUAGUCAGAUUCUAUCCUGGAACUCUAAGAUCUUCAGAGCUAUGAUCAAAGAGAGCGAAGGGUCUUCUGAAAUCUGUUUGAAGGAUUCGAUUCCAGUCGAAGAUCUUCGAGAGCUUCUUCAUUACCUCUACUCAUCUUGUGAGCCAGUAAAUGACCAUAACUUCAGAGAGUUGCUUCAUUGGGGACACACGUUCGAAGUGAAUUAUAUCGUUCGACUGUGUCACCAAUACAUGGAAUCACUGGUGCUGUCCAGACGUAUAACCAAGGCACUACGAAUAGAAUUUUUCCUUCUGUCUUGGAAAUACUCCGUUGAACACUUGAAGAAUAUUUAUGCCAGCAGAGAAGUUUAUGUUGGACCUCCCAACUGUAUGAAGAAGAUUGUUGAAAAUGUGGGAAUUCCUGGUUAA